AAAUUAUUGCUAAAACCAACAUUGCCUAAGGAAGGUUUGCUGUGUUGGCAUUUUGUUUAUUGUAGUCCGAAAGUCCUACGGCCGGCAGCGAGUGACGUUCGGCGGCGGCGGGUUUAAGGAUGAAGUUCAUAAAAAAAGUUGAACUCAAAUAUCGUAAGCUGAAUACCUUAGGACGACUUCAGAGCUGCCUACAUAUUCGCAGACAAAAAAUCCAGAAGAUUGGCACGGGUGAAGCAAGUUGUGAUGUUUUACUUACCAAAACAAAGAAUGGCAAAUUUAAGGAUAAACCUGUCAUUGGUUGCAAGGAUUUGGAAAAUCUUAAAAAAUUCGUACCACCAAGAUACUUGGGAAAGAGCACCAAGGAGUCAUUUAUUUAUGAUGGAAGUUUUUAUCAAGCCAUAGGUUCAGUGUUGUUGAUGGCAGAAUUUUUUGCCAUAAUGCCCGUUCGAGGAGUAAAAGGAAGAAGUCCAAACGAUUUAUCAUUUUCAUGGUCAAGUAUUCGGACGAUUUAUUGUAUAGUUGUCAUUGUAGGAGUUCUAGUUGAUACAGCACUAACGGCAUAUGUGGUUUUGAAUGGAUCCAUUUCAUUUCACAGUAUUGAACCAUUAAUUUUUCGAGUGUCAAAUGUAAUAGCUUGCAUAAGUUUUCUUCAUCUCGCCAAGAACUGGCCCGAAGUUAUGCGCAAUUGGAGGGCAGUAGAAAAACAAUUGCCAGGAUUUGUGACGCAAUUAGAAAAAAGACAAAUGGCAGCUAAAAUUCAUAUUGUUGUUUUUGUAUCGAUGAUGCUUUCUUUAGUUGAACAUAUUUUGAAUAUCAUCUCCUUGAUACAUCAUGCUAAUUUUUGUCCAAUAACUGAUGAUCCCAUUGAGGAUUUCUUCCUUCGAUCAAAUAAUCAAAUAUUUUAUGUUUUUUCUUAUUCGGUUUGGUUGGCUUGGUAUGGAAAGAUUUUGCAUGUUUUGAUGACAUUCACUUGGAAUUAUAUGGAUUGUUUUGUAAUGAUUGUUAGUAUUGGUUUGACAAAUCUGUUUAAGCAGAUAAAUGAGAAUAUGAUGAGACACAAGGGAAUGAAAAUGUCCUCAUCGUAUUGGAGUGAACGUCGAAUUCAAUAUCGCAACCUCUGCGUUCUCUGUGAAAAUGUUGACAAUGCAAUCUCAGUCAUAACUAUGGUGUCGUUCUCUAAUAAUUUAUAUUUCAUUUGUAUUCAACUUUUGAGAAGCAUGAACAAAAUGCCAUCCUUUGCCCAUGCACUCUAUUUUUACUUUUCAUUGAUAUAUUUACUUGGACGAACGUUGGCAGUGUCACUUUAUUCAGCAGAUAUUCAUGAUGAAUCAAAGAAGCCUCAAUGUUUUAUAAGAUGUGUACCUUCGGAGUCAUGGUGUCAAGAUGUUAAAAGAUUCUCAGAUGAAGUUAGUACUGAUCUUGUAGCAUUGAGUGGAAUGAAAUUUUUCCAUUUGACUAGAAAAUUAGUUUUGAGUGUUGCUGGAACAAUAGUGACUUAUGAACUUGUUUUGAUACAAUUUCGAGAGGAUAACAAAAUUUGGGAUUGCGAAAGGAAGGAUUUAUUGCAAUAAUAUGUAUAUUUUAAUUUAUUUGUAAACAAAAAUAAAUACAAAUGAUGAGGCUUCAUAAAAACCAAAA